AUGGCGACAGCCAACACCGCAGAUAGGCUGAUCAAUGACGAUGCUGGCAGUCGCCGCGAUAGACCGUUUCACUUCCCGUCGAGCCGAAAGCUGCGCCAUCUACAAGGUGUUUCCAUCCGGAACCUUGUUGUCAACCCUCCAAGCAGAUCUCGCGGGAAACCAAUCGACGAUGAGGACAUUCCAAACUCCCUUCAAUCGCCGUCUAAGAUACUCGCGCGGGAAACUAAUCGUUCGUUAAACCAAUCGCGAUCGUUCUCGGAUCUCAAAUCCUCCCCGCUAUCUGGCAAUCAGAAUGUCUGUACCGAGCAGCGACUCUCUUUGCGGCAGGCCCGUCGACAGAGUACCCUGCCAUGGAACGACCCUGAUCCGCAAAUGCGACAGUCGAAAUUGGAGGACAUCACGCGUAGUCGAAUGGCAAACACUUGGUUCUCGAUCCAUUGUGAGGGCAUUGACGAGCCCGUGUACGUCAGUGAGGUUGUGGAGGAUGCGAUGAAUCCCAACUUCCGAGCUUUUGAUCUCAACUUCUGCGGACCGCUUGUUUCGCGCUUGGAUUAUCUUACUUUACGACUCUGGGUAAAGACGGCGAGAAUGGAUGACUAUAUGGUGCUGGUGGAGUUGCAAUUGCACUUUCAGUCACUCCAGUUUUUGGGGCGCUCGUUGGAUAGCUUUCACCAGCCUCUGCCUGCCAACUCCGUUCUUUUCCAUUUUCCAGAUGGCGUGUACACAAAUCUGACAGAUAUUCCACCAGUGCGGACGCCGUUACCUGCACCGAAUUCUAAAUCCAGUGCUACUGCUGUGUCAACGUCAUCGUACGACGCCCUGAUGCGACUUGCAAACUUGGACGAAUGUAUCCAGGAUGCCCUGAUAACACGGGAAAAACUUGAAUCACAGAUCAACUCAAUUCUGGAGAAGAACCAACAUGCCGUGCACACCACAGGCGAAGCGUCCCGGGCCAAGGAUAAGCUCACCCUUACUAGAAACGCAGUCUCAGGCGAGCGCAAACAACUGCGCCUGGCCAACAAACGCAAGGAAGAGCUGAUCGCUAGUAUCAAGAGCAGAAAAGAAGCCAUGGAGCAUGGCACCCGCAACCGCGAAGCAGUGCGUAGCCAUCUUCCGGAUGCGCGAACGAAACUCGGCUCCAGCAUGAAAUUGCUGGACCAGAAUACAGAAGGAACCAAGGGCCAGAUCCGGCGCAUAUCUGAAGAUAUCCUCGAUAUCUACCCAAUUGAGCCAAUCCGUGAUAAGCCGCUUGCCUUUACCAUUGCUGGCAUGGCUCUUCCCAAUUCGAACUUCACAGAUGUCGAUCGGGACGCGGUGGCAGCAGCGCUUGGCUAUACCGCGCAUCUAGUUUACUUGCUAUCGUUUUACCUUUCCAUUCCAGUGCCGUAUCCGAUCACGCCGUACCUGUCAAACUCGCUAAUCCAUGACCCCGUGUCUACCUCUCUCCCUCAGAGGACGUACCCGCUCCACCCGGUCAAUGUGCAGUACAGGUUCGAAUACGGAGUGUUUUUACUCAACAAAGAUAUCGAGUUCCUCCUGAACAAACAGGGACUGCGGGUCCUCGAUAUUCGACACACACUGCCAAACUUGAAAUAUCUUUUGUAUGUUCUAACCGCACGCUCGUCGGAGCUUCCCGCAAGGAAAGCUGGGGGGAUUCGCGGACUUCUUCCAGGACGCCUGACACCCAGUCUCUCCCGUCGCGGCAGCGAAGACAGCGUUGUGUAUGGCGAGACCGUGAAUCCUCGACGAGGGUUGAGUCCAAUGUCGACAUCGAAUGGAGAGAUUGCACUAAACAAAAGGAAGAAACCAAUUGCCUCCAUUCCAAGCGGAUCAGCUUCGUUUGGCGUGGCUUAA